AUGUCAGAUAAAGAAGAACUGUCCAUCUCAUUAGAGGCGGAUGCACCACUUUCCAAAAAAGAACUAAGAAGAAUUAAAAAGGGGAAAACCACCCUUGAAGAAAUUCAAAAAAAAAAGGCUAAGAAGUUAGCAAAAGCUGCGGCUUCUGGUAACAGAACAGAGCCUGAGAAAACUGCAGUGAAAGCUGAAACGGACGAAGGUGGAGAACCUGAAGACAGUACCGAAAAGAAACCUGUUUCUAUCAGCAUUGGCCCAAAACGUGCUGAAUUCAGUAUUUGGAUUGGAAAUUUAUCUUUUGAAACAUCAAGAGAUGAUUUGACCAACUUUAUUUCUGCCAAGGCUGAUAUCCCCAAAGGCGACAUCACUAGAGUCAAUUUACCUACAAGAGGUACCAAAAAUAGGGGAUUUGCUUAUGUUGAUUUUGCAACCCAGGAACAAUUGCAGGCAGCAAUCGGGUUGUCCGAGUCAGAAUUGAAUGGCCGUAAGGUUUUGAUCAAAGAUGCCAAAUCUUACGAAGGUAGACCAGCAAAGGAGUCUAUAACCAGUGCUGUAUCCAAGAAUCCGCCUUCCAAGAUUUUAUUUGUAGGUAACCUCUCAUUUGAUACUACCCAAGACAUGUUAAGAGACCAUUUCAAACAUUGCGGCGAAAUUACUAAGAUCAGAAUGGCUACGUUUGAAGAUAGUGGCAAGUGUAAAGGUUUUGCCUUUUUAGACUUUAAGGACAUUGAAGGUCCUACUAAUGCAUUGAAGGACCGUGCAUGUAAGAAAUUGAUUGGCAGACCGAUUAGAUUAGAAUAUGGUGAAGAUAGAUCACAAAGAAAAGUUGUUCCAAAGAGAUCACAUGAACAAGUCGAACCUUCGCACAGUGAAACUCCUAUACAGGAAUCUUCUGAAUAUCAAAAGCCACAAGGUUUUCAACCAAAGCAAAAUAAGGGCGAGAGGUCCUUUAAGAGACACCAUUCAGAGAAAACAGAAAGAGUUACCUCUUCCGUGGCACUUGCUAACGCUCCAAGAAAAAGUGCUGCCAUUGUCAAAUCAACUGGUAAAAAAGUUACUUUCGAUUAA